AUGACAAACAUGUUCUACAUUUCAGUCAAGUGUUGGUUCAUUUUAGGUGUUGAAAGCUCUGACGGUUGUCCUGAUGUGUCUGUUGUGAGCAGCAGUGUCUCUGGACAUGAAGGUGGUGAUAUCAGUGUUCAGUGUCUCUACAGUUCUGGAUAUCAGAAUGAAGUCAAACGUUGGUGCAGAUAUAAAGAUCAGAGAUGUUACACAGUGGGGAGGACUGACACAUCCCAGAAUCCAUCAGUGCAGAUCAGAGAUGAUGAUGGGAGAAGAUCCUUCACUGUGCUGAUGACUGGACUGAGACGGACUGAUUCUGGCUGGUACUUCUGCUCUGUAGGAGAUCUGCAGGUUCCUGUUCAGCUUACUGUAACUAAGGCAGAACCAGACAAAGAGAAAGACACAGAUAACAAACUCCUGACUGUGUGGCUUCCAGUUUCAGCUGCUCUUCUGCUGUUAUUGAUUCUGAUCAGUGUUUUCAUCUGGAGAUGUAGAUGA